UCACUCAGUAGCGCGUGCCACGCAGAUUGUACAAUGCUCACGGGGUGAAUAAGUAGGAUGUACAUGUGUGUAUUAGCCAUCGACGAAACUAUCCGUAAUAUCCGGCACGGCUACCCAGUGUUAUAGGGUAAUCAGUCAGAGGUGAACGGAUAGGUUAGUAAAAGUAAUGUGGGAUAUAUAUUGAAUCCGAUCAGCUAAAUUUGUGAAGAAUGUCGGAGGGGUUUGAGGACAAGGUUAAACACUACAGAGACAUGGGGAAGUCGGCCUUCGUCAUUGGAUAUACGGGAGAGUGUGGGAAGGAGCUAGUCAAAGCCUUGUCUAAAAAUAGAAUAUUUAACAAAGUUGUCCUCAUUGGUCGUCGGAAAGUGGAUCUGAACCCUGACCCCGGACCAGAGUUUGAGCAGAGAGUCGUUGAUUACGACAAGCUGGAAGAAUAUUCAGAGGCGUUCCAGGGAUCACAAGUUGGUUACUGUUGUUUGGGAACUACGAAAGGAAAAGCAGGGAAGGAAGGAUUCAUCAAAGUCGAUCGGGAUUAUGUACUGAAAAGUGCAGAGAUUGCCAAAUCUAAUGGCUGUCAACAUUUCAGUGUGGUGACGGCUUCUACUGCGGAUAAAAACAGCAUGUUUCUCUACGUGAAAACAAAGGGAGAAGUAGAAGAUUCCCUGAAGAAGAUGUCGUUUGACAAGUUAUCUAUAUUUAAACCCGCGCUCCUGUUGUGUGAUCGCCCAGAACGUCGCCUAGGAGAGCGGAUGUUCCAGACCCUCAUGAAGCCAUGGAUUUGUAUGUUCCCCACAAAAGGAUCCGUGCCAACGUCUUACGUAGGGAGAGCAAUGGUCGUGGACACAGUGACACCUGGUGACGAGAAACUCAGAGUCCACAACAAUGAACAGAUACAUGGCUUGGUCAGGCAGGACGAGAACAAGAAAUAAGAUCGCGACUAAACGUCACAAAAUGACGUCAUAUUUCAAUGUACGAUUUUAAUUGGGUCUCUGUAUAUACAUGGAUUAUCAAAAAGCUUUCGAUAUCGUUCCUCAUAGGCGCCUAGGAAGCAAGUAACCUGCAUACGGAGUCCACAACAACGAACAGAUACAUAGCUUGGUCAGGCAGGACGAGAACAAGAAAUGAGAUCAUGAAUAAACAUCACAACAUUACGUCAUAUUUUAUUCAACUUCAAAAUUAUGACAUCAUGGUUAUUUUUAAAUUAUGACGUCAUAUUUUUUAAUGAAAGAGAUGUAGGCACUAUAACUUUAUGGUACCAGUGUUUUAUUGGUAGCAAUACAGAUUACAUAUCACUUACGUAUGUCCUGUCCGGUGGCGCAAUUUCAACACACACGCCUUUCACUGAGCAACACGGAUUUUAUUUCUCAAUCAGAUGUGAAAAAAUUUGAGGUCGCCUGCCCAACCAAGUGGGAUUCUCCGGGUACCGUUUUUCUCCAACAGAAGGUGAAAUAAAAAUUAUUGUUCAUAAUUAAAUCAAGAAUGAUAUGUUUUUUACAUAGUGUAUUCGUAUUUAUAGAAUAGGACCAUGCGUCCCAGCAGGGUUAGAGUCUUCUGCGUCAUAGACGGAACCCCUGGUGAAAAUCUAGAACAACUCCGGGCUAAGUCACAUACUCCUAAAUAAAGAUUGUAGUUAUUCUACUGA